AUGAUGGAUGCUCCAGCACUGAUUCCGCUGCGCGCUGUAAUCGGCUUCCUCGGUUUCCUGGGGAUUGUCCUCCAGUACAUACUCAAAGUCACUUUAUCGGUGGCGAUUAAUGGUAUGGUCGUGCACUCUACAAAUACGGAAGUUGCAGAUGAAACGUGUCCUACGCCAGACAACGAAAACGCCAGCUCCUCCGGUACUGCUCAGGAAGGCGAAUUUGACUGGGACGACGAGAUUCAGGGGUACAUCCUGUCGUCGUACUACUACGGCUACGCAGCGACCAACAUACUCGGUGGGUACGCAGCGGCGCGGUUCAGCGCCCGCUGGGUGUACGGAACGGGACUCCUCACCGCAGGGGUGUUUACGGCUCUCGGACCUCUUUGCGCCUACGCUGGAGCCAUUUUGUUCAUGUUUUCACGCAUUAUCGUCGGGUUAGCAUCAGGCGUCAUAAUUCCAGCGAUGCACGUCCUUUUCCGAAAGUGGUUCCCCGAGAGUGAGCUGCAGAAAAUAACAGGAGCAUUGUUUUCAGCGACGUAUCUAGGCACUGUGCUCUCAAUGGCUUCGUCAGGAUCCAUGGUGAAGAAUCUGGGGUGGACUUCUGUCUUCUACAUAUACGGUGGCAUCACAAUAUUCUCAGUACUUCCCUGGUUUUAUUUUGUGUAUGACGAGCCGGAAUCGCACCCCAGAGUCUCAGAGAAAGAGAAGAUUUACAUCCUCGAAAAUACGAAGCGCAAUCGUGCAAAAAAGUCUGAGAAGAAUACUGAGUCACACCAUCAGGAAGACCUCAUCGAAAACCCUUGGCCAAUGAUACUGACGAACGCACCAAUGUGGGUACACGCUUUUAUAAUGUUUGGAACAGGCUGGGUGUCCUUCACGUUGCUUUCAGAGCUACCGACAUAUGUGGGGAAUAUUCUCCACUAUGACAUUGACGAUGCUGGUCUCAUAUCGGCGCUGCCUUAUCUCUUUGGGUGGAUCAGUUGCAGCGUAUACAGUUUUCUAACGCAAAAAUUAACCGAAAAAGGCUUGCGUGUUGUUACUACCAUGAGAAUUUGGGAUGCCGUAGCGUGUAUCGGCAGCGCGCUCUGCCUGCUGGGAGUGACGCUGGUCAGCUGUGACGUCACACUGAUCAUCGUGCUGUUCGUGCUCACCAUGGUGUGCCGCUGCGCCGUGUACGGCGGCUCCUACAUGAACCACCUCUACCUCUUCCCGCAGGCCUACGGUAGCGCGGCUGGGCUCGCUCUAACUGCCUCCAAUCUAACUGGUAUCCUCACACCACUUGUCACCAGCGCCUUUGUUUCUGGCAGACAAACGGUGCAGCAAUGGAAAUAUGUGUUCUACGUAUCAAUGGGUAUCGCCACAUUACCUUACGUUUUCUAUCUUAUUUUUGGUUCUGCUGAAGACCAAGAAACCCCAUGGAUAGAAAAGAGAAAAAUGAAGAGGAAACAGCAAUGUGUACCAUAAGUAAACUUGUGAAGUGUCAUCUGAGGAAUGUUUAAUUCUACUUCGCGUACAAAAUACUCUGAAUAUUCUAUAAUAUCCAGAAUAAGAUGAACGCCAUUGUAGCACUGAAUAGAUCACACAAGGAAAGCGCGAUGAACUACAUUUCACGUUAACUGCAGCGUUAGCUCAUAGAGAAUAACGGGCUAAAAUGAUUUUGGCUUGUAUCUCCCAACCAGCGAACAGCAUUAUUCUAAUUCAUUAUUUAACGUGAAACGCGUUGAGGUGAGGAAGAGAACUAGCUGAAAUGGAUCAGAGUGACGUUGAGAAAAAAAUGUCAACAAAUUGUAAAUUCGUGAUGUUACCAAAUAGCUGUGUAAUUUAUGUCUUUUAUUACUUAUUGGAUAAGCCACUCACUGAUCUGUAAACCGCAGAGGUAGCUUAAGACCAAAGUGUAUAAUUUUCUUGAAACGGCAUACAGCCAACGUAAGUCUCAUACAUUUCACUACCGUAGGUUUUUCGUCCAUACGCUAUCCCUACAGGUUCGACUGACUGAACUUUUAUAAAAGGUGGCCAAAUUAAAAUUGAUAGCAUUUUGGACAUAUCGUGACGGUUUAACCGAAAACGAAAAAACAUCUUUAGGAAGCUAUUCGAAACUCUUUCGAACGUCUAAAAAGAAAGCUCAGACAAAAGAUCGGUUGCAAGAAUGUUCAAUAAAUUCACAACGCUGGUCAGCUGUGCAAGUAGGUAUUAAAAUAUUGUCGUGUCGCAAUGCUGUCAUAAAGGAUCCGUCUUUUCAUCUCAACAAAUUUUCUGUUGUGCAUAUGCAAAAUUUUUCAGACGUUUUUCAGACAUGUUCAGUUCUGCCGGUGGCUUCUGAAUAGUAUCGGCAUAUUUGUAUCCUCAGUUAUUAAUUUCAUUAGAUGAGGCCUGGUUCGGCAAAUCUGGAUAUGUGAACUCAAGUUCUCACCGUUACGUUGAGCAGCUGUUGUAUGAUAUUAAGUUUGCGGUUUGGUUCGUAUUUCCGGAUCAGUUUUAUUUUGGCCACUUCUAUACUUUCCCUGUGUUAUGUAAUUGAGGAGGCAUGUAAACGUACACUGAAAGAUGUAAUUAGGCCAUGUGAUCUGUAAUUUUUGUAUAUAAAAUAAAUCAAGGUACUGUCUGUUUACAUGGAAUAUAUAAAGAA